UGUCCGCAGUCUCUGGUCAUCCCUGUGCUGUGUCCGCAGUCUCUGGUCAUCCCCUGUACUGUCCGCAGUCUCUGGUCAUCCCCUGUACUGUCCGCAGUCUCUGGUCAUCCCCUGUACUGUCCGCAGUCUCUGGUCAUCCCCUGUACUGUCCGCAGUCUCUGUCUCUGGUCAUCUCCUGUACUGUCCGCAGUCUCUGGUCAUCCCUGUGCUGUGUCCGCAGUCUCUGGUCAUCCCCUGUACUGUCCGCAGUCUCUGGUCAUCCCCUGUACUGUGUCCGCAGUCUCUGGUCAUCCCUGUACUGUGUCCGCAGUCUCUGGUCAUCCCUGUACUGUGUCCGCAGUCUCUGGUCAUCCCUGUACUGUCCGCAGUCUCUGGUCAUCUCCUGUACUGUGUCCGCAGUCUCUGGUCAUCUCCUGUACUGUGUCCGCAGUCUCUGGUCAUCUCCUGUACUGUGUCCGCAGUCUCUGGUCAUCUCCUGUACUGUGUCCGCAGUCUCUGGUCAUCUCCUGUACUGUGUCCGCAGUCUCUGGUCAUCUCCUGUACUGUGUCCGCAGUCUCUGGUCAUCUCCUGUACUGUGUCCGCAGUCUCUGGUCAUCUCC